AUGGCAGGAGAUCUUAACACUCCGUUAGACGCCAGAUUAGACACCUCAAGGGGAGAAAGCUCAAUACCAGGUCAUUGCAUACGCGCAGUCGGGAGAGCUCUGACAAGGAGUGGACUAGUGGAUUGCUGGAGGGCGGCGCAUCCCGAUGGCGGGGACUAUUCCUAUUUCUCAGCUGUACAUCAGAGAUACAGUCGGAUUGACUAUAUCUUUAUGGCACAGGAAGCCCUGACACUACUCCGCAAGGCUAGCAUAGGCCUAAUGGCGGAGUCCGAUCAUGCCCCGGUCUCAGUCCAGAUCCAAUCCCCACUACACAAACCAGCGGAAAGGCACUGGAAGCUAAAUGAGAAUAUGCUGCUUAACCUGGGUGAAACUGACCCG